ACCUUUUUCAAGUUUAUUUAACAAAACUAAAAUUAAAACCACUUCGAGGAAAGUUAUACACCAAUUCUAAUAAAAAGCCAUGGCCAAACCAACAACUAUCAAAGAAGCUAUAACCAAAUGGGAAGAACGUACCCAACAAGAUUCCACCAAAGCCACUGAAAUUGGUUUACAAUUGCAGUUUCCGCCCAUAGAAAAAAUGGAUGGCACAUUGGGUACAUUCACAGAGUGUCGAAAAUUAAGUUUAUCAACAAAUAUGAUAGAGAAAAUAACAGGAAUAGGAAAUCUGAAAAAUUUAAAAAUUUUAUCAUUGGCCAGAAAUAAUAUCAAAGCGCUAAAUGGCAUAGAACCUUUAGCUGAGACUCUGGAGGAGUUGUGGGUUAGUUACAAUGUCAUAGAAAAACUUAAGCCUUUGGAGGUAAUGAAGGCUUUAAAGGUGUUUUAUGUUUCCAAUAACUCAAUUAAAGACUGGUCCGAAUUCAAUAGAAUGGGUGUACCUCCCAAGCUGGAAGAGAUUACCUUCAUGGGUAAUAUUUUAUAUGAAAAUAUGGAUGAAGCCGCUUUUCGCACGGAAGCUAUAAGACGUUUGCCAAAUUUAAAGAAAUUAGAUGGAGAACCGGUUAUAAGAGGAGAUUAGUUUUUGUGUUUUAAAUAUAACAUUUUAUUUAAUUUUUAAAUAUAACUCUUAACA